ACUUUCGGUCUCCACCGUUCAUCGACACUCUCCUCUCGGUAUCCACUAUUCGCUGGUAUUCUACUCUCAGUAUCCAUUACUCGUUCAUACUUUACUAUCGGCAUUCGCGUCGACUUGAUAAACGCCCUCUCCACGCUGCCAGAUCGCGAUGCAAGCCUUUCAUCAAAACAUGGAUAGCACGAACCAGAUAGCUCAUCAUCUGCGCAACCAGAUCAUCGCAAUCUGCGGACUCCCAGCCAUGCAGAGACUCCACCUAGCCUGCAAUGAUACAUUCAUCGUGCAAAAGUGCGGCGAUUCGCCCUUUAUCAGGGAGGACGAGAGAUGGACAACCGCGAUCACCCACAUAAAAAGACUCGAUAUACGAGUGACAUACUUUAGCGAUCAAAACCCGGAUGAGCUUGCGAAGGCAAUCGCCCUCUUCAUCUCCAGUGCAAACGAGCUCGAAGCUCUCCAUCUUGAAUGGAGUCAAGGUCUUGGCAAUAGAGGCAGCCAUGAUCUCCUGCAGAAUCUGAAGCGAAGAACGUUCCCACGCCUGCAAGAAGUCUCAUUCGCAAAAUCGUUUACUACGCACUGGAGUCUCUGCGGCUUUUUCAUACGAAAUACGUCGAUUCGCAGCAUCUCCUUGUGUGACAUGGAAAUGCGGCCAUCGGAGGAGUGUGAAAAUUGGCAUUGGACUGUUCGGUCAAUUCCACAUAUCCUAAAUUUGUUGGAGAAGGUAUCCCUUCGGAACCUAUGGGAGCUCCGCAUAGAAAACCGAGAAGGUGUGAACUGCUGGAUAUGGGUCCGGUCUGAAAUGGAAGUUGACGAAGCUUGGAUUCUUGCAUCCUGUCGAAAUUUAAGACAGAAGCUUCAAACGCCGGACUAUUCGGAAUGGCUCCAAAGUCAUAGGGAUGCUACUCACGCUGCCUCGAACCUUACUACUCCGACUACUCAUCCAGCAGACUCUUGGGUGCUUGUAAGCCUCUUCUUAUCCUAGGCUAGCAAAGGAGCACAGACUGACCCUUCAUAAAUUGCUUCUAGAACGGGUUUCUACCACGAUAAGGCGGCAGUGGAACUAUGUUGCCCGGCUAAUGGAGACAUUGCUAGAGGAGCACUUGUUUAGGACGGACAGAUGUAAACUUUGUGUAUGCGAUAAUUGAGAAUGCUGGGCAUACUCUAGCAGGGGCUAGAGGAAGUACAUCUGGCGGGAGACGUGUGCUCGCUGUCGGG